AUGUCAAAAGCUAAAGAUACAGGUAUCUUAAGAUUUGAUGAUACACCAUUAGCAGCAACAUUUCCAUUAGUUGCUAUUAUCACAUCAAAAGUUGUUGGUGGUGUUAAAAUCGUUGGUAGAAAAGGUUUAGAUUCCACCGAAUUCUCGAUUGUCGGUACUCAAGAUUCACUCAAAGGUUCAUAUGUCAUUGCAAAAUAUUUAGCAAGAACUACACCAUCUCUUUCAUUAUAUGGUGAAAAUGCUUUAUCAGCUUCAAAGAUUGAUGAAUUUAUUGAUAAAUUUGCUCAUUUAAAAUCAGAGAAAUUCAAUGAAUUUUUAAAAGAAAUGAAUGAAUAUUUAACAUUAAGAGCAUUUUUAAUUGGAUUUAAUUUAACAUUAGCAGAUAUUGUUUUAUUUGCACGUAUUAAGAUGGUAAAGGAAAUUCAAGAGGAGAUUAACAAAUUAGGUAAAACCAUCCCACAUUUAAAUAGAUGGUAUGGAUAUUUAAGUCAAUUAGAAUCAUUUGUUGAAGCCGAUAAUGCUUUCAAUGGUAAGAAAGAGACCAAAGCAAGUGGUAAAGCAGGUGCAGAAGGUACAGCAGCAACCACAGAAAAAGUAGCACCACAAAAGGGAGCAAUGGGAUGGGUUGGUAAUUUUGAAGCAUUAAAUUUACCAGGAUUAGUUGAGGGUAAAGUUGUAACUCGUUUCCCACCAGAACCAUCAGGUUAUAUGCAUAUUGGUCAUUGCAAAGCAGCAAUCAUCAACAAUUACUACGCAGAGAAAUACAAUGGUAAGAUCAUCAUUCGUUUCGAUGAUACCAAUCCAUCCAAAGAAAAGGAGGAAUACGUCGAAAACAUCAUCAAGGAUAUCAAUAACUUGGGUAUUAAAUAUGAAAAGAUCACACAUACAUCCGAUUACUUUGAUUUAAUUCACGAUUAUGCAAUUCAAAUGAUUAAAGAAGGUAUUGCCUAUUGUGAUGAUACUCCACAAGUUAAAAUGUCUGAAGAACGUGAUAAUGCCAUUGAAAGUGUUCAUCGUAACAAUAGUGUCGAAAAGAAUUUGGAAAUGUUUGAUGAAAUGAAGAAAGCCACUGAACAAGGUGUAAAAUGUGUAUUACGUGCUAAAUUAGAUAUGGCUCAUAUUGAUAAGGCAUUCAGAGAUCCAGCUAUCUAUCGUUGUAAUUCAACCCCACAUCAUCGUACCGGUGAUAAAUACAAGGUUUAUCCAUUAUACGAUUUUGCAUGUCCAAUCGUUGAUUCAGUCGAAGGUAUAACCCAUGCACUUCGUUCCAAUGAAUACAAUAACAAGAGAAACCUCUACAAUCAUUACCUCGAAAUCUUACAUCUCGAAAAUAAACCAUACAUUUCCGAUUACAGUCGUUUAAGUUUCUUCAAUGUUUUAUUGUCAAAGAGAAAACUUCAACAUUUUGUAGACACUGGUCUCGUUAGUGGUUGGACUGAUCCACGUUUACCAACUCUUCAAGGUAUUACUCGUCGUGGUCUCACCGUUGCAGCCUUGAAAGAAUUCAUCCUUUCACAAGGUGCUUCUGCAGCAAAUACCACUUUAGAUUUGGGUAAAUUAUUCGUUGGAAACAAAGCUGUACUCGAACCAACUUGUCCACGUUAUACCGCUAUCGCUAAAGCAACCGCCGUUAAAUUCACUCUUUCCAAUGGUCCAACCUUACCAGAGGUCAAGGAUUGUCUCAAAUAUGCAAAGGACCCAUCAAUGGGUACUAAAAAAGUUACAUUCAGUAAUAAUCUCCUCCUUGAAGGUGAUGAUUGUAAUCAAAUUAAAGAGGGUGAAGAAGUUACUCUCAUGAAUUGGGGUAAUGCCAUCGUUGAAACUUUACAACGUAACGAAAAUGGUGAUGUUGUAUCCAUGACUGGUAAACUCCACUUGGAAGGUGAUGUAAAGAAGACCGAUAAAAAACUCAGUUGGUUAUCAUCUGAUUGUGCUGACACUGUCACAGUUGUCCUCCAAGAUUACGAUUAUAUCAUCACUAAACCAAAAUUAGAAGAUGGUGAUGAUCUCGAUACUUUCACCAAUAAAAACUCCAAAUUUGAAAUUGAAGCUUUCACUGAUGAAAAUAUCCUUACUCUCAAACUUAACGAUAAAAUUCAAUUUGAGAGAAGAGGUUUCUUUAAUGUUGAUCAAGUUGGUGAUGGUGUUAAACCAUACAUUUUAAUCUAUAUUCCAUCUGGUCCAAUUAAACCAGCUGGUGCUGCUCUUUAUCCAUUCAAAAAAGUUGAAAAAGUUGCUGCUCCAGUCAAUCCAAAACCAACUGCAAAAAAACAAGAAAAACAAUCAAAGAAAUAA